UAUUAAGACACGAGUUUGACGAUUGGACAUGCUCGGACGAGCUUAGGCUAAGCGCGUAUAAAAAGGUAUUCACUCAACCUUGCACACACAGUUAUUUUGAGUUGUUUUUCCGUGAAAGUUGAGUUAGCGGGAUCUAACGAACACUUUCCAGAUCACAUCCCAUCAUGAAGAAGACAGCGUGUUUUGCCUUACUUUCUCUCCUGGGUUUUGUUGCUUCUGCUCAGUUUGUGGGUACUGUUCAUCCAAGUCUUCAAAAGCGUGGACAGAGUUUUCUGACAACAAUGCCAGCAACAACAACAGCUAAUCCUAUGCCCUCUACAACCAUUUCUUUAUCACCGCAAACUUCUAUUAGUGUUCAUCACACCAUCGUUCGAAACAAACCUGCUUAUCCUUAUCCUUAUACAGAUUCUCCUUUACAAACUGAUGGCGCUGAAGACACCAGUUAUUAUUACACAUAUGAAGAUGUCUCUGAAGAAUCCAGCAAUAAAGUCACCAGCACACUUAGCCCAGAAACUACGACUUCCACAGCCAAGCCUACAAUAAAAAGUUUUUGGAACAGCCAAAAAGCUCUUUUAGACGCUAGAAGGAAGGAAAGUUCUCAGAAAUACAUUUCUACUUAUAAUCGAGAAACUAAAAGUGAGAAUAAACCCAAAAUCGAAUUCAAAGUAAGAGAGAAACCGAAAUUUGGUCUUGCCAAUAAAAAGAAAGAGUCAUUGCUUAUUGCGGAUGUCAAGAAAGAGGAAUCAAAGGCUCAAACUAAGCCAAAUUCAAGUACUAAAGUAGCGAAAAACAAUGUUGAGGCUAAUUUAUCAGAUCAGAAGAAUCCAGGGAAAGAUGUAACUACAAAAGAACCAAUGAAAAGUAAUAGUAAUCUUAUAACAAAUCAAAUCGUUGGGAGGGUUGGGGAACUUCCCAUUCAGAACAAUCUGUCACCUCAAAUACAGUCACCUGUUAGAGCUCAGAGCACAAUUAUAAACAGCUAUGGGGGAAACAGGCCAAGCAAGUUUGAUGAAUCAAUUGGAAAUACUCAGUUUGUUGAUAACUCGCAACAGCACCAAGCUUUAUUACAAGCCCUUAAUCAAGCUACUUUACGAAACAAUAGAAAUCAACAACCACUUCUUAAUUUCAAUCAACAACAGCCUCUGCUCAAUUUGAACCAACAACAACAGCAGUUGCUUAACCUCAAUCAACAACCGCGCAACCAACCCCAACAGCUCAGUCAGCAGCCAUUUGUGAAUCCGGUAAGACAGCAACCUGUAAAUGCAUUUAUUGCUACAAGUCCUGCCAUAAAUACAGCUGGAAGGUCAGCAGAUAUUACUGGGAAUACUAAUUCCCAAGCUUCGAGCCUGCUGUCUCGUCUAGGUGCCUUGGGUCUUAAUUUAGGUGGUGGAGGAGGAAGUUUAAGUCAAGGUUUGAUAAUGGGUAGAGAUGGUGGUGGUCAAGGUAAUGGUUUUACUUUAAAUCUUGGACCUAUACCUGAUCCUUUGACAUUCCUAUUGCAGUUACUGUCAUUAAUACCAAGACCACUUCUAGAUCUGAAUGGAAGAAUAUUUUUUGGUAUUGAAUUAGGUAAAAAUGCAGGAAUUGUUGCAGGGUCUGCGGGUAAGCCAGGAGCAUAUAAUGGCUGAAAGAGUUUAGGUACUUUUAUAUAUCAAAUAGGAAAUUGAACUGUGAUAUGUAAAGAGGAUGAACAUAUGAUAUUUAAAAUUUUAGGCGUUAUUUGGACAUCAGUUCAUGGGCAAAAGCAUAAAGGAAAAAAGCUUCAUCCUAUUCCAAACGCUUAGAACAACACUGCGCAUUUUAUUUUUGCAUGGCCACCAAUGAUGCGUUGUGGAUUGCCCCAAAUGGUAAGAAAACUGAGGAACCAAAGUUGAAAACUGUUUGCGAGAGAGACUUUUGGCGAAACAGUAUUUUGGGCUGUUAUGAAUGAAUAAUGUUUCCAUGAAAUAAUUUAAUUGUAUACAUUAUUUAAUAGAUAGUCCAGUUUAAUUAUCAUCGUGAUUAAUUAAAAUUAAAUUAAUUUCUCUUUUAAAAAUCAUCUCAUUUUUAACCAAUAGUUGAAAUUCACAUCUGAUUUUCACACUUAAAAUAGGCUAUAGUGUUAAUGUGAUUUAUAAUCCAAAUUUCAACGGAUAUUUUUUUAAAUGUAGGACCAAAAUAUUUGUAAUGACUAUGAGAUAUCAUUUUGUACCUGUACAUAAAUCCAUUGAAUGUAUAUAAGUUUAGCCAUAUGUUGUACAGUGUAGAAUAUUUGUAAUUAGUUCAUCUAUUUUUAAAUAAAAUUGUUGGUAAAACUUUAA